UGCGAGUGUGUUGCCGAGCGUGCGAACCGACAUGCACGCGCCAUCUCUGAGAUCGCGGCGUCGCUCAGAGCAUCGAUUGAUAGCAAUCAUAUUGAUUUCCGUUUAGAUCGAUAUCUGAUUAGCGCGGUCGUCCCGUCACUUCCGUAGUGACGAGGAAGAAGGAAGCAUUCUGGAGUAAUCCUUGAGUCAGUGUACACGUGUUCUGUAUCGCUCUCAGUAACGUAUCAAAUAAUAAGUCGUUCAAGUCAUCGUAUUAUAUCUCGUAUAUUAAUUUUCUGUCUAUCGUGACGAAUUAGUUGUGUACAUUUGUGAUUGUGCGGAAUAAAAAAGACCAUUGACUGUUACGAAGCGCGAGUGAUUUAUUUCCCCGCCUCGUCUAUUGUCGCCGCGUAAAACCACCAUCUUUUUCCCGACCACGUGCGCCGGUAUUCCCGCGCUCUCUCUCUUUAGUAUUUUACUGAGUUCGCGAACAUGGUCCUUCGAGCCGGAUAGUCCGUGAAUCGGUGAAUUAAAGUGCAUAAACUAUCGAGUGCACGAGCGACGAAUCGAGUUAUCGCCCUUAUAUGUGCACAUUCGUGUCGUAAUACGUGAUAGACUGCCACGUGGCCCUUCUCUACGUGUCUGUGAAAUCGCGAACAGAAGCGAUUAAUCUCGAUUCUAGCGGACAGUGACUUGAACAGUGACAUUUAGUGAUACGAACGGAGUUAUCAUUUUACUCCAUUUCGUCCGACGGUUCGAAUCUAUAGUUUAUGCGAUUCGUUCGUCGUUCUUUUUGACAAUUUAUCGGAGUGAUAAUUGACUUCGUUUAGUGCGUUACUCCGAAUCUAUCGACUAUGCGAUUUGUUCAUCGUUCUUUUUUGACAAUUUUUUCGGAGUGAUAAUUUGACUCCAUUUCGUGCGACGAUUCGAAUCUAUAGUUUUCGCGAUUCGUUCAACGUUCUUUUUGACAAUUUUUUCGGAGUGAUAAUUUGACUCCACUUCGUACGACGAUUCGAAUCUAUAGUUAUCGCGAUUCGUUCGUCGUUCUUGUUGACAAUUUAUCGGAGUGAUAAUUUGACUCAGUUUAGUGCGAUAUUCCGAAUCUAUCGCUUUCGGGAUUCGUUCGUCGUUCUUGUGAUAAUUAUCGGAUUGAUAAGUGACUCCAGUCAUUACGAUUGUUCGAGACUGUUGUUUAUUAGAUCCGCUAGUCACUCUCUUGUGAUAAUCUAUCACGUUGUAAAUAAUUAUUGAAGAAUUAACUUAUUCUUUUUUUCUUCGGCCGUGAAGUGAUAAACUGUGACGUCAUCAUGCCUGGAGAUACGCUCAAGUUACCGACGGACCAAUCGAGAAAUCGUACUCGUUCUCAGGGCAGCAUUAUAGCGUUGCUCGUUGUACAAAGAGAAUAUUUGCGAUCUAUUCAUCGCACGUGCAAUUCGGCUGUGAGGCUCACUGAAACGUCCGCCUCCAUUACAGUCUCGACGAAACUCCAAACGUUAACGCAGCUAUGGGCCAAAUGUCGAUGCAAUCACGAGGAGUUAACGGCAUAUUCGAUUGAUCCGGACGUCAGUGACUAUCUCAAAGGUACCGAAUUUGGUGACAUGGAGGAUCGAGUUCUUGAUGCGACGGACGCGCUCACCGCCUUGCAGAGCAACAUGCCUUCGACAUCGUCAAUUAGGAGGGACGCUGCCGACGCAUCGUCGACUUCGAGGUUCACCAGUCUCGAGCGCAUCCCUCUGCCGACCUUCAACGGAGAUCAGAAGGACUGGGCCCACUUUCGAGACAUGUUUGACUCGAUGGUCGUCCGUGAGUCUGGACUGUCUAACGUACAGAAGUUUUAUUAUCUUAAAAGUUGUUUGACCGGUACGGCAUUGUCGUUGAUUAAAAAUUUACCGAUUACCGAUGCAAAUUUCGAAUCGGCUUGGAAAUUAAUUAAUGAUCAUUAUCAAGAUAUUCAAGUUUUGACUUUUUCUCUUAUAGUUCGGUUAUUAAAACUUAGGCCCGUAAGCGGCGAUAGUCCGGCCGCGUUAGAGACUCUAGUUAAUCAAACUCGCGAAAUACUUGUCUCUCUCGAAAACUUGAAUCAAUUAUCGUGGGAUUCCAUAUUAGUUGUUAUGACGCUUAUGCGUCUGGACCCGACGAUUCGAAAGAGUUGGGAAGAGAACAUCGGUAAAAGAGAAACAUUUCCAAAUUAUGACGAACUUGAGCAAUUUCUGAACGGUAAAAUACACGCUUUAAAUGUUGCGUCGAUUAAAAGCGGAGUCACAUGCCUGAACGACAAUGCCGUAACGAAAAAUUCAAAACAUAAAAACGGUGUUGACUCUAAGGUCACUUCGCACGUUGCGAACACCAAUACUUCUGUUUGUCAUUUGUGCUCCGCGGCUCAUAACAUAUCGAAGUGCGCGAAAUUCAAGGUCAUGUCUGCGAGCGAACGUUUAGAUUCCGCCCGAGCGGCGCAUUUAUGCUUUAAUUGUCUCGCUAAAGGUCAUUUUCCGCCGAGCUGUAAAAACAAACCGGGUUGCGAUAAGUGUAAGAAGCGGCAUCAUAAAAUGCUUCAUCAAGCAUUCUCACCGCGUACAUCGGAUCCCGAGUCAAUAAACAGUAACGCGGUUACUUCCGUUUCGAGUAACGAUCACGCGAAGUUAUCUAAUGUAACUUCCUGUCAUUCGGGAGUCGCCAAGUCAAAAACGUUAAGGCCGGUGUUAAUUGCGACAGCGUGGGUACACGUGCGUACGGCUGAAGGUCGUGAACUGCCAUUUCGCGCAGUCAUAGAUUCUGGCUCCGAGUGCUCGUUAAUAUCUGAAGCAGCUGCUCAAGCGUUACGCGUGCAAAGAAUUGCGUGCUCUGCUUCAAUUUCAGGUACUGGCGCCACCGUCUCCGGGGUCGUGAAGCACUCCACCCGCGUUGAGCUACGAUCACGAAAUAAGUCUCAGCUUGUAGUCGUGAUCGAGCCUCUUAUUUUAUCUCGGCUUUCUAAUUAUGUUCCGCGACGAUUUGUUAAGGCCUCUGAGUGGACCGGCGUCGGACAACUGACAUUGGCCGACCCCGACCCCUGCAGUGAUAAGCCGAUCGACUUAAUACUCGGUGCCGAUUGUUAUGACGAAAUAAUACUUCAGGAUCGGGUGAAGUUUCCCGGAGAGCCGUAUGCUAUUCAUUCGCGAUUCGGGUGGGUGCUGCGCGGUCCGGUGGACGACGGUCCUGUCAAUGUAUCGUCGUCGCAUACGACUAUUUCGUCAUUACACGUGACCCCUAAUACUGAUUUGACUCGUGCGAUCGAGCGCUUUUGGGAGGUUGAGGAGAUUCCUUCGCAGACCCAGUUAUCCGCUGAGGAUCAAUAUUGCGAGGACCUCUUCGUCGCGACUACUAAUCGUGAUACGUCAGGAAGGUACAAUGUCGCGUUGCCGUUUAAGGGGAAUCUUCCAAUUGAUAUUGGGGAUUCUCACAAAAAUUCGCUCCGUAUGUAUGCGUCUUUGGAGCGUCGUUUGAAAAAGGAUCGACAGUUAGCUGUCGAAUAUAAUGAUUUCUUAAAUGAAUAUUUAAGAUUAGGACAUAUGAGUCCGUAUACGCCCACGGAUGUCGAGGAGCAGCGAUGCUUUAUACCGCAUCAUCCGGUAUUAAAGCCAAGUAGCACUUCGACGAAGGUAAGGGUUGUAUUUAACGCGUCUGCGCGCACUGGCAAUGGAAAGUCUCUCAACGACUGCCUCCUUAUUGGACCAAAAUUGCAGACUGAUCUAUGUGCCAUUUUGUUACGUUGGCGCUGGCACCGGUUUGUGUGUGCCGCCGAUAUUGCGAAGAUGUUUCGGCAAAUUCGCGUGCACGAUGAUCAUACGCGUUUUCAAUUAAUUCUCUGGAGGCAAUCGGAGAAAGACGCGGUAAUUCCGUAUCGGUUACGGACGGUAACUUACGGCACCGCUCCUGCGCCCUUUUUAGCAUUGCGCGUCUUGCGGCAGUUAGCAGAGGACGAGAAGCAUCGUUUCCCUCUGGCUGCGCAUAACGUCAUAUUCAAUUCAUAUGUUGACGAUAUAUUUUUUGGCGCGUCGGAGAUAGAAGAAUGUCGCGAGAUUCGAGAGCAGAUGAUAGGACUGACCAACGCGGGCGGGUUUCCUCUACACAAAUGGAGUUCCAAUUGUCCGGAUUUAAUCUCCGAUUUAUCCGAAACGAUUCGCGAUCCUGCACAAAACGUAGAUUUUAAAGAGGAUGAUCAAUUAAAAAUCCUUGGCAUAUAUUGGGCACCAUUGGAGGAUGCUUUUAGUUUUCGUAUUUGUGCAGAAGUUCCGUCGCAUAUAACAAAACGCACCUUUCUCUCGUAUAUAUCGAGAAUCUACGAUCCAUUAGGUUGGUUGUCGCCUGUCAUUAUUAUCGGUAAGAUCCUUAUUCAACAAUUGUGGCUGUCUAGGAUCGACUGGGACACGACACUACCGUCGGACCUGAAUGAAAGGUGCAUCUCUUUUUGCCACGGACUCAUCUCGCUUGCUACUGUUUGUAUCCCGCGCUGGGUGCACUCCCGCGAGGACUCAAGUAUCGAGAUCCAUGGGUUCGCGGAUGCGUCCCAGGCCGCUUACGCAGCCGUGAUCUACCUUCGAGUGAUCCAUAAAUUCGAGCCACAAGUUUUCUUGCUAACAAGUAAGAGCAAGGUUGCUCCGUUGAAAACGGUCUCGGUUCCUCGUUUGGAGCUCUGUGCGGCCGAACUCUUAUCACGGCUCCUUGCUUGGACCAUUUCUGCGUUGAAUCUUGAGCAGGUCCCCAUUUACGCUUGGACGGAUUCCACCGUCGCAUUGGCCUGGCUUAGCAAGUCUCCGGCCACAUGGAAAGUAUUCGUGGCGAAUCGGGUGUCUCUCAUCCAAACGCAAUGUCCUCAGGCAAGUUGGCGUCAUGUUCCUACGCAGGACAACCCUGCGGACUUAGCUUCUCGUGGAGUCUCUCCGACUCAAUUGAUCAAAAAUCCACUAUGGUGGUACGGGCCCUCGUGGCUCUCCUGUGAGCCCCAAGAGUGGCCCUCUGUCGACUCUUCUGAUAGUCUGCCGACUUCUGACCUUGAGGCACGGUCAGUCGUCACUCACGUCACCAAUGUCUCCGAGUGGGAUCUGUCCACUCGCUAUUCUGAUUGGAGCAAACUGCUCAAGAUAACUGCGUUAAUUUUACGCUUCGUGAAACUGACACGACGACAGCUUCCAUGUACGGAACUUUUAUACACUACGCGGUUGAUGACGGAAGCCAAAACCUUUUGGAUCAAGGUCAUACAGUCGUCGUUAUAUGCGACCGAACUUCAUUUAUUGCGAGCCGAGCAAAGAUUGCCACGUUCGAGUUCGCUACUUUCUUUGGAUCCGUUCAUUGAUGAUGACGGAAUUAUUCGUAUGGGAGGCAGAUUGAUGCACGCUCCAUUGACAUUCGCUCAGAAGCAUCCAGUAAUCCUGAGCCAAACUCCUCUGACGCGUAUAAUAGUGCGUGAUGCACAUUUACGCACUCUCCAUGGGGGAACGUCGUUAACAUUACGUCUACUCCGAGAGGAGUACUGGAUACUCCGAGCAAAAAUAAUUGUACGAUCGGUUAUUGGUCAGUGUGUCAUCUGCUCUCGACAUCGUGCAAAUUUGAGCAGUCAGAAAAUGGCUCAUUUGCCCGAGAUACGAACUAAUGUGGCGCGUCCGUUUUUGAAAGUCGGGGUAGAUUAUGCCGGACCCUUGCCAGUGCGCGCCUUCGCCGGACGUGGUCAUCAAUCCCGUAAGGCCUAUAUAGCCCUUUUCGUGUGCUUGAUAACCCGUGCCGUGCACAUAGAACUCGUUACCGAUCUGUCUUCCGCAGCAUUCAUCGCCGCCUUUCGACGAUUUUGUUCACGCCGCGGUAUUCCUGCGAUUGUAUUAAGCGAUAACGGAACCAAUUUCCGUGGCGCGCAGACGGAAUUAUACCGUAUUUUUCACGCUAGUAUGUGCGAUGGUGCCGUCGAAUCAUCUAUGGCCUCGUUAGGCAUAGAAUGGCGCUUUAUUCCAGCCUCCGCUCCACACUUUGGCGGGAUUUGGGAAGCUGGAGUAAAGUCGGUCAAGCACCACUUAAAGCGUAUAGUUGGCGUACAUACGCUAACCAUUGCCGAAUUAGAGACACUGUUGUGUCAAAUAGAGGCCUGCCUAAAUUCGCGACCGAUCGCUGGACUCUCGAAUUCCCCAGACGAUCUAUCGUAUUUGACUCCCGGUCACUUCUUGACCGGCGCUCCACUUCUUGCGUUGCCUGAUGCUUCGCUACUAGAUCGUCCGGAAUCGAGAUUGACGAGAUAUCAACUCGUUCAGCGGAUGCGAGACCGAUUUUGGCAGGUUUGGCGCUUGGAUUUUCUUAACUCUCUGCAGAAGCGCAAUAAAUGGCACAAUCAGCGCGCAAAUUUAAACGUGGGUGAUAUUGUCAUCAUUAAGGAUGACAAUGCUCCACCCUCUAGAUGGGAAUUAGGGCGUAUAACACAGUGCUUCCCGAGUGAAGAUGGGUUGAUCCGCGUUUGCGAGGUGAGGACUGCUACCUCUACCUUUCGACGACCGAUCCACAAAUUGUGUCUCCUUCCGAUCGCUGAUCGAGACGAAAAGGAUCACAAUCUGUAGUUCCAUUUCUUUUUUUUGUGUGUUUUUUUUUUUUUGGGUAUCAUACCUUACGGCGGGCGGCGCCCAACGCCCGAUAUUUCGCGUCUGUGAUAUCUAUAGAUUAAGUGUAGAUUAAUUACAUUUAUGUAUAACAUUAAAAUGUAAAUUAGCAUUUAUCCUAGUCAACUGAUGUGACUAAUCAUUAGUUUAUUAUAAAUUGUUUCUGUCGCUUAUUAAAUAAGCGAGGCGAGCGGUAUGUUCGUGCGAGUGUGUUGCCGAGCGUGCGAACCGACAUGCACGCGCCAUCUCUGAGAUCGCGGCGUCGCUCAGAGCAUCGAUUGAUAGCAAUCAUAUUGAUUUCCGUUUAGAUCGAUAUCUGAUUAGCGCGGUCGUCCCGUCACUUCCGUAGUGACGAGGAAGAAGGAAGCAUUCUGGAGUAAUCCUUGAGUCAGUGUACACGUGUUCUGUAUCGCUCUCAGUAACGUAUCAAAUAAUAAGUCGUUCAAGUCAUCGUAUUAUAUCUCGUAUAUUAAUUUUCUGUCUAUCGUGACGAAUUAGUUGUGUACAUUUGUGAUUGUGCGGAAUAAAAAAGACCAUUGACUGUUACGAA